AAUGCCAGUGGUUAUAAAGGGUGAAUGCCUCAGUAAUGUUAGAGUGCCUCAGAUGUUGAACUGUUUAUGAUGUUUAAAAAAGCUUUAUACUGUACAUGACCGAUUUAUUCCCUGGUUAAUGAGAAAACUACAGUAUAAUUGUAAUUCACAUAUCUACUUUGUAGAUUUCAGAUUUAUAACAUUGCUCAUUUUUGCCAAAAAGAGUCAGAUAGCACCUUAUAAUUCCAAGGAAAUAACCAGGUAGGAUAUGUUGUAUUCCCUAGUUUUGCAAAUUAACAAAUUUUAGAAAUUUACAUUAGAUAAACAUAAUGAAAUGAAAAGCAGACAGUGGUAAAUGGCAUACAGGAAUUAUUAAAACAAUUUGUUUUAGCAAAUAAAGUCACAAUAAAAGGCUGCCUUAGCUUCCCUUCACCAUAACCUUAAGAGUUAAUCAGUUUUCUCAUACAACAAAAGCAGACUAAGAUCUAGCUUAGUUCAUGGCGUGGCCAAGUGCCAAAACAAGGAACCUGUUUUGUGUGAGUGUUGUUCAAAGGAGAGAAAAUCAGAGGAAAGCGAAACUGAUCUUUCAGGAAAACAAAACUUAGUCUCUGAGAGACAGUGAGCUCCACACUCUGAGAGAUCUGAGAGACUCCAGUGUGCACAAGCAAGAUGGCAGGACAAUUAAAGCAGUACAUGGCCUGGCUUCUUUCUCCUAAACUGCUGCUGCUGGCAUGUCUUGUGGUUGUGGCAGCUUUUGGGAUUCAGAUUUUUAAGCAACAGGGCAGCUCUUCAAGUGAACAAGUAACAGAAUUCAACAGUGAGCUUCGGCUCCUGCUAAUCGGAAAGACAGGUGUGGGCAAGAGCGCAACGGGAAACACCAUUCUUGGAAAAAAGGUUUUUGAAUCUGAGAUCUCCUCUUCAUCUGUAACUACACAGUGUGUAAAAGCCCAUGGAAGUGUACAUGGCAGAAAAGUGUCUGUUAUUGACUCUCCAGGCCUGUUUGACACUCAGUUAACUGAAGACGAGGUGGUCAAUCGGAUUAAGCUGUGCAUUCCAUUCUCUGCUCCAGGACCUCAUGUCUUUUUAGUUGUGAUUCAGAUAGGUAGAUUUACAGAGGAAGAAGAAAAAACAGUUAAGAUAUUUCAAGCAAUUUUUGGGGAAAAGUCAUCCAGUUACACUAUGGCUCUCUUCACUCAUGGAGAUCAACUGAAGGGGAAAAAUAUUCAUCAAUUUGUACGCAACAACACAAAGCUUUUGAGUUUCAUCAGGAAAUGCAAUGGUGGAUACCAUGUGUUCAAUAAUGAAGAUCAGAUUCCAGAACAAGUCAUCCAGCUCCUGGACCAGAUUGAUAAGAUGGUCACUGUAAAUGGUGGAGAACAUUACACUACAGAGAUGCUUCAGGAGGCCGAGAGAGCGAUAGAAGAAGAGAAACAGCGGAUUCUGAAAGAAAAUGAAGCACAGAGACAGAAGGAGAUAGAAGAGCUUAGGGCGAAGUUUGAAGGGGAAGCACUUGAGAGAGAAAAAAAGAAACUUGCGGAGGAACAUGAGAGACAGGCAAGAUGGAAAGCUGAGAGAAGCACCUCACUGUUUGGAAAGAUAGGCAGCUUUUUUCAUGCAAUUUACACAACGAUUCGUAACCUGUUUUAAAUAACAUGUAAGAUCAGAUUUAUUUUUAAAGCAAUAAUAUAGUCUCCAUUCUACUGUGACCGAGUGUCAAUUUUUAAAAAUGAUAUUAGAAAAGAUUGUGUGACAAUGAGGCCAUGGGUUAUUGUAUUUUCAAUUGAACUAAAUUAGUCUUCUAGAUUUAGUGUCAUUACAAAUCCACAAUUAAAUGGAUUACUUCCAAGUAUUCCGUGGUGAAGGAAACAUUUUCAUGAAAUAGGAUCAGUAAUUAUAAGCAAUUUUUUAAAAAGCAAAUCUUAAAGCCAGCAAAGGCAGCCAUAACAUGGAUGAAUAACAGUGAUGCAGGCUGAAACAUUAACUAUAAUAAUGUUGUGUUGAUAUUAACUUUUCUCUGUCUCUUCCUAGUAUUGACACUUACUGAAAAACAAUAUCUUCGGGCUGAUGUCAACUUAUAACAGAGACUUUGAAGAGACUUGAAGAAAAUGCUUAUAAAAAGCUGACUGUAUUUUAGUUUUACUUCAGCAGGACAAAAAUGUCACACUCAGCUUUUAUGUGAAAGCAUCUGUUGUGUAUUUCUAUAUAUUUUUUUUCUUUAACUAUUGUGACCUUUAUGUUAAUUAGGAGAAUAAAAUUGCAUGUAAGUGAAA